AUGUCAGUGUUUAACCACUGCGUGUCAGUAAACAAGGCAGACUACGAUGGCAGGACCCCACUGCACCUGGCUGCCUGCGAGGGGCACUGUGAGGCUGCAGAGUUCCUCCUCAAGAACGGAGCUAUAGUUCAUUGUAAGGACAGAGCUGGUAAUACUCCCCUGGUGGACGCUAUCAAAAACAAACGUACAGAUGUGGUAAAGUUGAUGCUAAAGGCGGGGGCUCACCUUCAGUAUUCAGAUAUACAGAUAGCAGAUGCCUUGUGCUUGUCCGUUAUGGAGAAUGAUCCAGAACAGUUAGAUCUGUGGGUGCUCGCAAAAGCCAACCUUAACGCAAUAGGGUCCGGAAAAUGCACCCCUUUACACAUGAGUGUGAUGUUCAAUUCGGUGGAAUGCUACAAGAAACUACUUGAAUGUGGAGCCGACCGAACGUUGAAGGAUUUAGGUGGGCUGACUGCUGAGGAUAUGAUCUCAGUCCUUAAUAGAACCGGUUUCUCGUGAUAGUCUUCUGACAGUCUGGAAACUCUUUAGGAUAUUCACCUAGCUAACGAAUACGCAAUAUAACGGAGUACGGCUGCGACAAACUUAUAACCACGAUUGGUCUAAUCUUGUGCAGCAUUGGUCCGACCAUGAACAAAACCGCUGUAAUCUUGCACAAAAUUGGUCUAAUCUUGUGCGAAACUGGUUUACUCUAGUUCAAAAUUGGUCCAAUCUUGGUUGAAUGUUUGUCACGGAUAGGAAAUAGUAAAAGGUCACUAUGACUAAGUCAGUAUGGCGAAUUUUACUAUUAACUUUUAUACACUGCAUGCGAUUUAUGAUAUUUUUACGUAGGAAAUUAUGUUACGUGUGUUUAAGUGCUGAACUUGUAUUAAAUGAAAGUUAUGAACGUAGAUUUUAAUUUACGAUACUGCACUAUGUAAUGAGCAGGUAUGUAAGGACGAGUGACUAAACAACCAUUUGCUGUUCUUUCAGGGAUCAUCGUUCGUCGGUCAAAACAUUUAAUAUCGUUGUUAUUUUAAACCUACAAAUAACUAAAUACGGCGACUGUUUAAAGUAACAUAAAAUAUUUAUUAACUUAUACAGUUACAGACAACUCUGUAAUCUGCAUGAUGAUAGAAUUAAAAGCCGAAAUUGUAAAAAUAUUGCGAUAAAACGGUCAUGAUUACAUAGUUUAAUACAGAUAGACAAACGGGAACAUUUUCCUCCCGCUCCAUUGUCUAUGAUGGCGUUAAGACCCUAUUUUAGUAUUUUAAAGAGUCCCUAUUUUAGUGAUUGAUCAAAUUGCUGGAGAGUAUGUUUGGUGUCCAUAUUAUCCAUAUUACAUAAUCAGUGACUUAUUUUAUUAUCAAACUAGCUUAAUACGAUCAUGAUAUGAUAAAUACGAUCACAAUAAUAUGAAAAGAUGAUAAAAUAGUAAGCAUCAUGUAAUUGUAAUCAACCGUCUUAAACGUUACGCUACAUUAGUUUAAAUAAUGGUGGUAUUAAUGACGACGCAUGUACUGGACAACUCUCAUCUUGUUGAGUUGUUUUUAAGUUUGUGGCCUUAUUAUGUGCGCUGUUGUUAAUUUGUCCUUUGUGUCUUACUCUUAACUUUGGACUGUCCUAAAGAUUAUACCUAUUUAAUAUUUAUGGACUAAGAUAAUUAUAACGAAACGUCGGUCGUUAUUUAACAUUGUGUUGUAUUUGUCGCCUCAAAAUAAGGUAUUCGCUAUUUUCGAUUAUCUGAAGUCUGAACAUACAUGAAUUUCAAAAAAAUUUAAAAUCAAAUUUUUUACAUUAUAUAUAACCGACGAAAUAAUCUCCGAGAGGUAACUAAGACUACUUCUAGAAUUUUUAAAUAAACUUUUACUGUAUAUAUGAACUUAUUUUUACUCCGUUAUGAUAUCUGUAAAACUGUUUGUACCUUACAGAAUAAUGCUUGGAGUUGGACUAUAAUCUAUAUAUAUCUGGAUGUUUGUAAUUGUAUCAUGCAUGAUUUUAUUUAGG